AUGAAGUUACUUUCGUUAUUUUCUUCAGCCUUAUUAGUGAGUAAAUCUUUAGCUGAAUUAGUUGCUUGUACAGUUAACGGAGAAUUAGUAGAUUUUGUUGACUCAGAAACAGGUAACUGUUCAUUCCCAGUCCCUGAUGAUUUAUUCGUUAAUUUUGAAUUCCAAUCUUUACAAGAUUAUGAUGUUACCUUUUAUUAUGCUUUAGUUGAUAACAUCAAAUUCUAUACUGAUAUUGUUAACGCAGGAAGAACUAUUUCUGUUAAAGCUUCAGCAAUCUAUUACGGUGACGGUACUGCUCCAUUAUUCCAAGUUCACAUGGAAGAAACUGCUCCAGCCAAUUCAACCGCUGCUUUAAGAAGAAGAUUCAAUAAACAAGUUGAAGUUUACAAAAGAGAUGAUCUUGAAGAGUUCUUAGCUUUAGCCUACGCUGCUGAAGGUGCUACUGUUCCAGGUACACCAGUUGUUUUUGACGUUGUUCCAGCUUCUGAAUUCUUAUCAUCAAGUGCUGGUGAAUCGGCUACUGGAACCGCUACCGAUGGUGCAGGUGCUACUGAUGGAACCGGAGCUACCGAUGGUGAGACUGCCACUGAUGGAUCCGGAGCUACCGAUGGUGAAACUGCUACUGAUGGAUCAGGUGCCACCGAUGGAUCAGGUGCUACUAAUGGUGAUGGAACUGCUACUGUUACCGAUGUCGAUACCACUACUGUUGUCAUUACUUCAUGUUCAAACGAUGUUUGUGUCCCUGCUACUGUACCAGCCGUUCCAUCAGCUGUUGUCACUACUAUUGAUGAUGUUGUUACCACCACCACUACCUAUUGCCCAAUUGCUACUACCAUCACAAUUACUUCAUGUCACGAAAAUAAAUGUAGUAGAUCAGCUGUUUUAGCCACUCCUCAAUUAACUACCAUGACAAUUGAUGACGAAGUUACUGAAUUUUACACUUACUGUCCUUUAACAGAAGAAGCUGAAUUAGGAACAACUACCAUUACCAUCACUUCAUGUUCUAAUGAUAAAUGUCAUGAAACUGCCGUUCCAGCCACCCCAGUUGUCACUACUGGUGCUGGUGAAAAUGGUGAAGAUACCACUUAUACCACUUACGUUGAAGUCACAGCCACAGCCGAAGCUGGAGAAGGUGAAUCAGGUUCCUCUGUAGCAGGCUCUUCAGAUGAAUCAGGUGAAGAAGCCGUUGCUGCCGCAGAAGGUACCACUACCACUACUGAAGGUGAAGCUGCUGCUGCCGCCGCCGCCGCCGCUGAAGAAACCGCUGCUGAAGCUGGUGAAUCUUCCGGUGCUACUGUUGCUGCUGAAUCCACAUCUACUGGUUCAGCUUCACCAGCUGCUGUUGCUCCUAUCAACUCAUACGAAGGUUCAAGUAACAAGGUUUACACCUCCUUGAUUACCAUCUUGAUUCCUAUCAUUGGAUUCUUGAUGUAA